UUUACGACAUUAUGGAAACUGAAGAGACACGUGGAUCAGGUGCACGACGGGGUCCGGCCAUUCGCGUGUCACGACUGUCCGCAACGGUUCCAGUCGUGUAGUAGUCUUCGCAUACAUCGACUGCAAAAGCACUCAUUGGAACCGAAAGUGUUUAAAUGCGAUUUCAUUGGCUGUGAGUUCGAGACUAACGUUUCAAACAGUUUGGAUCAGCACCGGAAACGUCAUCUCACUAUCAAAGAGUUUGUCUGCAAAGAGACCGACUGUGCGAUGAGUUUUAUUGCAAAGGCCGACCUCAAGAGACAUAUGCGGUCGCACAGCGAUGAGAGGCCGCAUCGGUGCCAUUGGCCCGGAUGUGAGUCGGCGUACAAAAGGGCUGACCUAUUGGACGAACACAGACGCAGACACACCGGAGAUCUGCCGUUUGUUUGCGAUGAAUGCCAGCGAAGGUUUCCCUCCAAAAACACACUCAACGCUCACAACAGGGAUAUACACAUCAAUGGGACGGACAAUAAGAGGUUUAAAUGCGAUGUCAGCGGCUGUUCGUGGGUCACAAACAAACCGUUUUUUCUUAAAGUCCAUCGACGGACGCACCAAAAUCUCCGGCCGUUUGUGUGCAAAGAGACCGAUUGUGGGAAGAGUUUUAACCUCAAGAGCACUCUCACGAAACAUAUGCGGUGUCACAGCGAUGAGCGGCCGUUUCGGUGCGAUUGGCCCGCAUGUGAGUCCGCAUACAAGUCAUCCAAAGGUUUAGCCGAUCACCGGCGCACACAUACCGGCGAACGGGAGUUCAUGUGU